AUGGAAACGUACGAUAAAUUGGUGAAAGUGUUCGGUGAUAAAGCCCUGAGUCGUGCUCAGGUAUUUCGUUGGCAUAAAAUUUUUAAAAAUGGUCGUGAAAGCGUCGGGGAUGAACCACGAAGUAGGAGACCGGUUGAAGUUCGAACUGACAACAAUGUUCAGCGUGUGCGCACUCUCGUGCAUCAAGAUCGGCGUUUAACCGUUCGAAUGUUGGCUGAUGAACUUAAUUUGAAACGAGAAACCGUCAGAAAAAUUUUAACUGAUGAUUUGUCCAUGAAAAAGCUGUGUGCAAAGAUGGUACCGAAGAACCUUUCGGCGUGCCUUCAGUGUGUCUUCAGUAUUUAUUAUUUUCUUUCAUGCCACUAACGUUCAUUAAAAGCAAAAAUGUAUUAAUAAAUAACGGGUUUAGUUAUACUGCACAUCAAAGAUAUGAAAAAAGGUUGUUUGGAAUUGUACAGAAUAUAAAAAAUUGUUAUGCAAAAGUCGAUGGCAUACUACAACCAAUGAAGAAUCAGGUAAAAUAUACUUGUAUUAUAUAUUAUAUACUAUAUAGAAUUCAUUAUUUAAUUUAAUAUUAACUUUUAGAAAUCAAAACUUAAUUUUAACAAACUUCGUUAAGAAUCUUUUUUCGUAUUUCGGUAUACCCAUUUAUAGUGAUCUAAAAAAAAUUAUUGUUAGACAAAUUACUGAAUAUUUGUAUUAUUUUCGUAAUAUUUAGCUACAUUGGUACACGAAAAGAAAAAUUUGGGUUUUACACACAAAUAUGAGAAAUAUUUCUAAGAAAAAAUGUCCAAAAAAUUAAACAAUUUAUUUAAAAUAUAUUAUUUACAUUAUUGUAAAUUAUGGACGAUGAUUGCAGAAGUCCUGGACUGUGUUUAUUAUUACUAAUAUUAUUAUUACUAUUAUUAUUACUGUGUUUAUUUACUGGAGUGUUUAUUAUUUAAAUAAUAAUUGUUAUUAUUUAGUGCAAAUUAAUAAAUAAUGAGAUAUCAAAUAUUCAUACUUUUUUAAAAGGCAUUACCCAUAAUUUUCAUUACUAACUUAACUUUUUCAUACCCAUUUUAUUAACAAUCAUUUGUUUAUUUUAAUUGUAGUUUACCGAUUUUAGUAUAUAGUAUUCUAGAUGAGCAUUAUUUUGACACCGUAUUUUUUUUUCCAACGGAUAUUUUUGCACUAGACCAAAUUUCACAGACCAUGUGUCACGGGAUAUUAUUUACCUGAUCAAAACGUGGAACUGAACGUUAUAACCAGAAUAAUAAUAAGAAUAACAUAAAAUCGCAUCGUCUUACCCUCCAAAAUAUUUCCCAAUUUCAAUUUUAUAAUAGGUGCUUUUACUCUAAAAUUAAAAUUAAGCGAACUCUACGCAGAUUGCUUAAGGUAGAUUUUGCUAUAUCGCCCGUUAAUUAGAGUGAGAAAACACAUGCGGGUAUAGCGUCUUCUUAAUAUAUUUAUGUAACAAUUUAAAAUUAUUGUAACGUAGUUUAUUGUAGUAUUAGGAGGGUGUGGGUGGCAAAGAGCCCUCCAAGGAUAUGUGUACCAUAAAAUAUUUUAGCACCCUUUAAGUUUACACCUAAUGUUCGUCUAUGGCACUUGCAGAUUUGUAAACCAGAUUGGAUGUUGCUGAACAUUCUGUAUUAUUUACAGACCUGCAAGUAGCUAUAAUUUACAAUACCAAAUUCGUUUUUGUAACUCCUUGCAGAACGAUUUACAGAUUGAUAUUAUCAUUUUAUCAAUGUCAUUAUUGAUAAUUUUUUUUUAGAAUUUAUUAUUGACCUAACUUGGUACAAACUGGUAUAACAAUACAUUUUUUACCGGUUUACUAACGCUUGAUACCGAUUAUUUUACACCAGUCAUAAAUAUUCGGCGAUGGAAAUCGGUGAAAAAUUGUAUAAGUAGAUUGUGAAUAAAAAUACUCGCUCUACGUGGACUAUACAAAAAGAUUGUAGAGUUUGUAGAGAGGUUACUGGGUCGGAGUAACCCAUGCAUAUGCGAUUAAAAUGUAUGAUAGAGGAUUUAAGUAGGACAAAAUUAUUAAACCAAACAAAGUUUAGGAUUGUAGGAACGAAAGAUUUAAAUCUAGAGGCAAUAUCAAGAGGCAGAGUAUUCCAAUAUUUGGAUUAAAGAGAAGAUACGUGGUUUUAUAGUAUCGUACUAAAAUCGGACCAAGGAAUUAAGGAAAAUGAAGGACAUAUAAGAUUUGAAGAGGAUUUGAUCAAGGAAUCUGCUAUUUCAUUGCCCUGA